GUCCUUAAACACGGCUGAGUGAUCCGCGCUUUGCGAAUCGGUUCGACCGAACAAUUGAAACGAUUCAGUUGAAAACAAUGAUUCUUUUGAGAAUCGGAGACCUCACUCACUGUUGAGUUUCCCAGCUGACAGGUUAACCACGCGGUCAGAGACUUGACAAUGGAUAUCGAUGAAGAUAUAGGUGAUUCUUCACCAGCAGAGACUCCAGCCACUAAAAUGUCCAGACAACAGAUAUUAACACUUAUUGCAAUGGCCUCCAUAAACUUCAGUUCAAUGAUCUGUUAUUCCAUUCUGGGACCAUUUUUCCCAAAUGAGGCAAAGAAGAAAGGUGUCAGCCAAGCUAUGAUUGGUUUAAUAUUCGGAAUCUAUGCAUUAUGUACUUUAGUGGGCUCAUUGUUACUCGGUAAAUAUAUUGUCCAGAUAGGAGCCAAGUUUAUGAUCGUGGCAGGGUUGUUCGUAUCGAGUGGAUCCACUGUUCUCUUCGGGUUUCUUGACCGAGUGUCUGAUGGGACGGUUUUCAUCGUGCUCUGUUUUAUCACACGGUGCAUAAAUGCAAUUGGCUUUUCUGCCGCCGUUACAUCGUCUUUUGCAGUUUUAGCAAAAGUUUUCCCCGACAACAUAGCGACUGUUUUGGGCUUCAUGGAGAUUUUUACAGGUCUUGGGCUGAUAUUGGGGCCUCCAUUGGGCGGCUGGCUCUAUCAGUCAUUUGGAUACGAAAUCCCAUUCGUUUUCACCGGAUGUCUUCUGUUUGUGACAGUGCCUCUCAAUUUGUGGAUUUUACCAAGCUUUGACGCUGUUCCUUCUUCCCAGAAUUCCUUCCUCAGAUUGUGUACCAGAAUAAAGAUCCUUCUCAUCUGCUUCGUGGUGUUCACUUUGAGUUCAGGACUUGGCUUCCUGGAUGCAACACUGUCCAUAUUUGCCAUAGAAAAGCUUAAUCUCAGUGCCGGUUCAGUGGGGCUGCUCAUGAUUGGUCUGUCACUGCCGUAUGGGGCGGCAUCACCCGUCUUUGGCGUGAUCAGUGAUAAAUAUCCUUCGAUUAGGAAAUGGAUGAUGGUGAUUGGAGGAAUGGCCACAGCGGUGAGCUUUUGUUUCCUCGGCCCACUUCCUGUUUUCCAUAUUAGGAGUCAGCUCUGGCUGACCGUCCUCAUGCUGAUCGUGGUGGGCUUCUCUCUCUGUAUGACCUGUAUCCCCACCUUUGCUGAGAUGAUCGCUUGUGCACAUGAAAAUGGCUUUGAGGAGGGCUUGAGUACCCUGGGAUUGGUGUCAGGCUUGUUCUCAGCAGUAUGGUCUGCUGGGAUGUUCUUUGGGCCGACUUUUGGAGGAUACAUCACACAAGCACUCGACUUCGAAUGGAGCGCAGGAGUUCAAGGCGCACUCACCUUUCUCGCUGCCUUACUACAAGUCAUAUAUAUCACAAUAGAGGACAUACAAAAGAAGUCACAAAAGGCCAGCACUUCAUUAUUGCAAGGAGAAAAAUCCCCUCUCCUCCCCAAGACAGAUCCUCUCAGGGUUGAUGUCAGCUGAAAUAAGCUGCUGCACGCUUUUAAAUGGAAGAACAAAUGUAAUCAUAUUGCUGAUGAAUACUGGUGAUGUGGGAUAUGAUUGACAGAUGACAAAUGAAAAACGCGGAGGAGGUCAGUUUACAGUUUUUCUCAGUCGCUUUGGUACAUUUCUCGAAAUCAAACUCACAAUUUGUAAAACAGUAAGUGCAUUUCUCAAAACAAUUUGUAAAAACAUCAAAACACCUUGGAUAACCUGCAAAAGCCACUCUCUUACUCAAAAUCCUUAGUUCCUCUCUCAAAAAUAAAUAUCUGUGUCAAUGAACAUGUCAGUGCCAUCAGAAUGACAAGUCCUUGUGUCAUUGUGUACGGAUAAGACAGUCAAAUUGUUAGGUUAUGUUGUCAAUAUAACAGUGUACUCUGGAGGGAUGUUCUGCUGGAAACUAUAGCUAAAGUUUUGAUGACAAUUAUUGUCAAUUGUAAAUUACAUCUUAGUAUAUGUGUGAGUGUAAUUGCAAGAGAAUGGAAAAGAUUCAAAUUUUCACUCUUACUGUUUGUACAGUAUUUUAUUGACAGAACAUGUCAUUGAGAUACAGAAGUGAAAAGACAGCACUGAAUAGCACACAAAAAAAAACCUAAAGAAGAAAUGUGAACAUAGGAAAAACUGUACAUGCAUGCUGUAGAAAUUACAUUAAGGAAUUACAAUCUUCCUACACCUCUUGACGGUCUGUUGGGCCACAAAUUCUCAUCUACAUCACAACGAACAUCUUCUCUUGCAAUGCAGCGUGGAAAGAAUCUUUUUGAGUGUCUUAUCCAGCCUCUGCAGGCAUCUGCUGUGAUGUCGUCACAUGCUGCAUCCACGGCAGCCAGAAGGGUCAUUUGGGUAUGUGGCUGACGAUCUUCUUUUUUUUUUUUUUUUUUUUUUUUAUACUUUCCAUCUCCAUGCUGAGAAAAAUUCCUCAAUGGGGUUAAGGAAUGGAGUGUAGGGUGGGAGGAACUCCAUCAGCAUCCUGUCAUGGGCAGCAAACCAUUGCCUGAUGAUGUUGGAAUGAUGGAAACUGACGUGGUCCCUAACGAUCACAUACUUUGGCAGGUCAUCUCCAAUCUGACCCUGAUCUCUUGUUCAGGGAUGAGAUCCCUGUAGAGAGUGUCUAAAACAGUGACAAGACGCUCUGUGUUGUAUGGCCCAAUAAUGGGAAUAUGCAUUGGCACACGAUUGCACAGCCCAUGGUUAUGUUUCCGCCCCGUUGGCCUGGCACAUCAACUGUAGCUCUGUGGCUGAUGAUAUUUCGACCCCUCCUUCUACGUUUUGUUAGGUUGAAGCCAGCUUCAUCCAUGUAGAGGAAGCUGUGCGGUGGUUCACUUGCUUCCAGUUCCAUUAUACGCUAUAUCCAGAAGACACAAAAUGAGUUUUAUGAAUUACAUGCAUUUUCAUUUUGGCCAAGAUCCAAUCAACAUGACAUUUGCAACUUGUUCAAAGAAAUGAGAAACUUUUUUUUUGAUGUGCACAAGUGACACAAUAAUGUGAAAAUCGAACAGGUAGUUUUGAGAAUUGCAAUUCUGAUCUGAGAAAUGUGCCAAAGUGACUGAGAAAAACUGUAACAACAAAGAUGUCAUACGUGUAAUAUUUUAAGAUCAGUUGAACCUGCACACAGGAGUUCAGUGAACAUUUACGAAGUAGAUGUCAAAAGUCCUGUAAGAAGAUUGAAUUUAGAGAGGAAGCAAAGUGUAUUCAAGUUUUAUGUAUAAUUGUAAAGAGAUGACAUUGACACUAAACACAGCUGAGAUGUGCCUGUUGAUGAAACACUUCAACUUUUACCUUGUUUCUGGGAAUAUUGUAUGGUGACAUAUGUGACCCGGGACCACAAAACCAAUUUUAAGUGUCAGUUAUUUUUUUAAUUGAGAUGAAAACAUUAUAUGAAAGCUGAAUAAAUAAGCAUUCCGUUGAUGUAUGGUUUAUUAGGAUCCGACAAUA